GAAGUGAAUUUUCAAAGGAAUUCGACGAACCAACGAUUGUAAGUCUGGGCCAAGCUAUUGUGCAACAUAUAUAUGGUACAAGGGCUAGUCAGCAUAGUUACGCUCAUACACCAACAAUUCCAUUAACCGCAAACGGUAUACUGCCAAAUGCGUAUGUAAAUGCGGCCGAAAAACAACUGCAUGGCACUUUACAUCAGCGACAUAACGCAGAGUUAACUGAUUUCAAGCCUCAAAUGCAGGCACAAAAAGUGGUAAGGGUGCCGGUUGCACAGCCCUUGCCAGAAACUAGCAAACCCCAACAGGCAGAUGGCGAUCCGACAAUGCAGGGAAUGCAGUACGAACGGAUAACACUCUUACAAACGUCAUCAGUUGCGCCUACAACAAAUAACAAAUUCAAGAACAUACCGUACAAGCGAUAUGUUCUUAGACCUUCUGAGUACCACCGAUAUAUAAAUGGGAUGCCAGAUCAGUUGGUGGGGCAAAAUAUGCCUUUGAUAUCACAUACAGCUUUAAAUCUACCUCGCACUACCUUCAAAUUUCCAAACGAUGCAGAAAUUAUCCGCAAUUCUGGAUUCAGUCACUUCGAAAAAACACCUCCUCCGCUAUCGCAUACAGAUUCGAAUCUGCUGGCACAACUUCACAAUCGUGAAGUGUAUUUGCAUAAACAGCGUCAGCAGCUGAAUCCACAGCUGCCUGAUCUUCCGGCACAACCGUUACAGCAGCCCAGGAUGAGUAUUGGAGAAAACAGUCAACGAGCCUCCACAACACAAGGUUUAUUUUUUGCAAAACUCUCCUUUUUCUCGUAUUUUAAAAAAGAAUGGAGAGGAAAAGCGGACAGAAGAACUAGCUCGUUUGAAAAUAUCCGCACUUCAUCUGUAACCGAAUUUCUGCUGCUCCGGCACCGUAAGGAGGCGCUAAAAUCUGGUUUUUCUUGA